AACGGAAGUAAACAAACAACUUAUUCGGCUUCUCAGUUUUUCUUCUUCAGUUUUUUUUUCUCCCAUUUUUCUUCCUCAAAAGACACAUUUAAGUGGGUUUUCUACGCCAGAAACGUCUAGAAGCCAGCAGGAAAAAUGCCAGACUACGUAGAGACGAACUUUGACGAGAGGAGCGGCUUCGUUCCCUGCGCGACACCUUGGGGGAGAUGGUGGCAGACGGUGGCGGAGGUUCACGUUGAGGUCACCCUGCCAGAAGGAACCAGGUCGAAGUUCAUACAGGUCACAGUGAAGCCGUCGCACAUGAAGGUCGUGGUUUUGGAUAAAGUGAUUAUUGAGGGCUCCUUAUUUGCCGUGGUCCGGACCGACGAAACCAUAUGGACCAUUGAGGACAAGAAGAUCCUGCACAUUGCCAUGACCAAGGCCGACGCUUGCACCAAGGAGACGGUGUGGGGGGGGCUGCUGAAGGACGACUACCUCGCCGACCCCUGGACUCUCCACGAGAUGAGGAAGAAGCUGGACCUGGAGCGCUUCCAGAUUGAGAAUCCCGGCUUUGACUUCAGUGGAGCGCAGCUGAAGAAGGCCUACGACAAACCGAAGGGGUCUGAAAUAGAGGAAUGGGAGGAGAAACAGAAAGGAAAGCAAGAGGCAGAAGAGGCAGCAGCAGACCAAUGAAAAAGAGGGAAGGGAAACUGGUUACAUUAGAUACUGACAAAUGAGUACAAAAUGUAUGGUCUAAAUCAAUAGCGUGAGCUUUAGACGCCUUUAUUGAGUAUUAUUAUGCUAUUUAUUAUUAAUGAUUAUUCAUUGUUAUCACUAUUUGUGUUACUAUGAUUGCUAUGAUCAUUAUUAUUUUAAUUACUACUACAAUUAUUGUAAUAAUACCAGGAUCACUAUUAUUAUUACUAAUGCUACAGUCAUUAUUAUUAUUAUUGUAGUAACUUCAUUUUAUACAUUUUUCUUAUUGAUUGAUAAAUGAUAUUCAUCAACAAGGUACCUUCUUGUGUGUGUAAUGGCAUAAUAAUUUAUUUGAUGGUGCUGGUGCAGGAUACCCAACAAUGGUCAUUUUUUUAUUUAUAUGGCGGCAGCUAUGUUAGUUAUUCGUAUUCGCUAUCAAGAUUUAUUUCUUGUACACCAGCUCUGCGUAAUAUGAAUUUGAAACACGAGUAGAACAUGAUAGGGACCCAAUUUUUUUUAUUUUUUGGUGAUUGUAGUAAAAAAAUGGUGAAACCUUUGAGCCAUUGAUGAUUUUGAAAUGUGUAGGAUUGAAGAUAUUUUUUGUAUCUCUUGAUUGUAAGACUUUUGAGAUUGUGUAACUUUUACAUAAAUUGCAGGACAUCAUACUCAAGAAAAUUGACUAAUUCAUUUUAAAGCUUAGGAGAAUGGAUUAUUUGCCUUUUUAAGCCUAAUUAUUUACAAUUUUCUUUUUUGUCUUGAAUUUGCAAUUCUCUCUCUUUUUUUUUAUAAAUAAUUUAUGUUUCUUUGUAAAAGUUAUAAAUGUAGUUAUCAUAACUUUCAUAAGGCUUCAGACAUUAGCAAGGUUAACGUAACAGUACUUGAUUUAGAAGACUAUCAUUCCAGGUUUUCAUUACUGAUUAUGAUAAUAAUUCUGUCAUUUGUAAAAAGUGUACCCUUUCUAGUUAAUGGAGAGGCUGCAGUAAGUGUAUCUGCAUUUCCGUAAAAUGUGCUGUGACGUAUUCUGAAAGAGAUUGGCAUUUCCGAUAUAUAAAUAUUUAUAUACAGCAGAUUUUUUUUUUUAAUUUGUAUUCCCAUUUUGUAAAAGGUAAGGACUGACUUAAAAUCAAAGUGUGAUGUAUGACUAGGAGAUAUUUGUAUGUGAAUUAUUGCCGAGAAAAAUAUAUUAUGAGAAGUCAA